AUGGUGGAUUCAAAAUGGGAUCCACAAGAUGUGCUUGUCAUCUUCCAGUCCAUGUCGGGCGACCAAGUAUCAAUCGACUCUGAACAAAUGCAAUCAGUUGUGAAUCAAUUUAUCACGCAGGGCAUCAUAUUUGGAACAAGAAUCGGAGCAGCUGUCAUCACCAUUGUUAUUCUUAUGAUGGUUUCCAAGAAUCGGAAAACUCCUAUUUUCAUAAGCAACCAGAUCUCGUUGUUACUGGUUGUCUUGCAAUCAGCCUUAUAUCUGGGCUACCUGUUUAGUCCCUCUGCAUCUGUAAGUUAUACAGUGGCAUUGAUGCCAGGCAGCAUACCAACUUCCAAGCUGCAUCCCUUUGCAGCGGCCAACGUUUUCCAGACACUGCUGGUCGCAGCGAUCGAAGCUUCCCUCAUUCUUCAGGUGCGCAUCAUUUUCAAAAGCGAUACCUUGAAGACUGCGGGAAGAGCCCUGUUGGCGGUUGCGUCAGGACUAGCACUCGCAACCGUGGUCGUUUAUUUGGUAGCGACAGUCAAGUCCAUCUCAGCAGUUUACAAAAAUGCAGAUGCUUUUCCCGACCAGUAUCUCUACAACAUCGGGGUGAUAUUGCAAUCCACGUCGAUCAAUUUCAUGACAUUGUUGCUCACUGUGAAGCUUCUUUUGGCAGUGCGCUCCAGAAGGUUUCUUGGCCUUAAACAAUUCGACAGUUUUCACAUCCUAGCCAUAAUGUCUUUCCAAACCCUCAUUUUCCCAAGCGUACUUUUCAUUCUGGCAUAUGCGCUGUCAGGGAAUCCGAACACUGUUUAUUUGAACAGCAUUGCUGUUUUACUGGUUACUCUCUCUCUACCACUGUCUUCGAUGUGGGCAACGUCUGCGAAUAAUGGCUUCAGGCCCUCUUCUUUGAACACAUCCUUCUCACCCUCACUUUAUGAUGGAAGUUCCGGGAGAGGUGAUGAUCCGAGCCUGUACUCUCAGUCCGGUAAGUCGUCUGGCUACCAGCAGAAUAGCUUUCAGGCCUAUGACCUGUAUCCUAUGACCAAAACGGAGGGCGCACAUCACGAAUACUAUAACAACAUGCGCGAAGUGGAGAAGAACGAUUGUCGAACCAUUGCCGCUUCUGUGCUAACGGCAGAGGAAAGCUAUUCUUCAAAUGCAAACAGUCACAAUGGACAGCGACAGAACCUCGAUCAGCUUGAGCGCGUAAUGGAGUCCGGAGCUUACACUCCCAAUACCGUUGACGACGAAGAAGCUCGUAAUUUUUGGUCAGGAACCAGAUCGUAA